AUGGAGAAGAAGGUGCUGGAUAGGACAAAUUGGGCCAACGGGUGGGGGCGGGCGGAUGGGGAUGGGAUUGGAUGGUGGUCGCAGCCGCCGCCGGACGGGGUGGUGGUCGCCGUCGGGCAUCCUCUCGUCCAUUUGCCGACCGGGAUGGGGAUGGAGACCGAUAGAAAAGAAGAGAAAGAUCUUGUGGAAGAGCUUGACGAAAAAGAAAGGGGCAGCACAACUGUACACCACCAUGAACAGGGGCAACACUCACAUUUCCCCUCCAAAAUUCAACAUUUUCAUAUUUUGAGGAGCUUCAGUACGUUUGCUCACCAAGGAACUAGAAGUUUUUUUGUGUACUGCAUGAUUGAGGAAGUGCUAUUGCAGAUCAAAGUUGGUAGAAGCAUCUGCUGGGAAUCAAGUGUUACAUGGCUGUGGGUGACAAGGUUAGUGGUUUAGGAGUUCCUGCCAAGACUGGCUUUUGGAAUUUAUCCUCGCUUCAUCAGUUGGGAUUUCUGUACAAAACUAAGAUAAUUUAUUUUGGUGCUUGCGAUGAGUAUUAGACUGAGGGGUGAUGCACAUAUACUUUACCCAGUGUAUCUGUUCAUGUAUGUUGUUAAUUGACUAAUUAGACAAAAAAACCUCUAUCUGUAUGGUGUUUGUGAUGAUGCUAUCAAUUCACCAAACACUAAAAUACCGGGUUGUGCUUUUCAAAUCUAGCAAAUUAAUUCUCUAUUGCUUGUCCAAA